GCAAGUUGGAGCAAUCCAAGCGGCAUCACAAGCGUCAAUAACACACAAAACGAAGUCGCUCCCCAACGCUUCAUACCUGAUCGCGCUUCCUGCACUUGUGCGCCACACUACCAUCGCUCUUGACUCUGCUGUUACGCCACUGCGCUCCCCAUCGAACCUUCCUCUCCUUGUUCGUGCCGAACUCAUUGUUCAGGUGCCCAUCACCAGUUGCUCCUGCUACUUCUUCUCCUCCCCUCCUCCCCUCCUUGCUCCUGCUUCUGCUGCACCACCAGCCAAUUUUUUUUUCUCUUUGCUCUAGUGCCAGGUGCGCACAUCCCCGAUGAGAGACUUGCCCGACUGAACAGGAAAUGCUGUGUCUUCUUGCCUACAAACAACCUCGUUCACUGCGUUCCUGAGAAACCAGCACUCGAGCCUAAUGUCGACACCGUCAAGUCGCGCGCGCGGAUACCACAAUCCCAGGCUCAGCAAAGUUGCUCAGGAGGGUCGCUUGCGGCGGGAAUCGUCAUAUUCAAAGAGGAAGGCCGUCAGCAGCGAAGAUGCCUACUUGUACGCUCUCCGUGUCGCUUACCUUGCGUACCUGCUUCAGCCCCGUCAAAAGAGGUUGCAACAUGUUUCAAACACAGCGCAGCCGGCUCGGAAGUCGACCACGUCCACUGCUGAUAUUGUGAUGGGUUUUGCGGGGCUAUCCAACACCAAGAGCGCGAAGUUCCCUCAUGCCUUCAUGGCCGCCCUGGACAAGAGGCUCACCGGCGUCCUAAUGGGCAAGGAGCGUAUGCCGGAGUACGGCGAUGCUCUCAUCAAACGCACAUUCGCCACUUUUUUGAACGAGUUCAAGAACCCCUCAUUUCGCAAAAUGGUCGAAAAGGACCGCAAAGUGGAGGACCUCGUAUUGAUUUUCUUCUCGCGGACGACUCAAGAAUUGAGAAAGGGCAAGCCACCGGAAGACGAGAGCUGGAAGUUGAUGGUUGACCGACAUGUUGCACUCUUCUUACGCUUGAUCAGCGCGAUUUUGAAGGACAACGAUUGGGCAAGGGAGCGACCAGAGUUAGCCAGUCGACUGCAAUCUAUGGAAAAGAAGCUGCUGGUACACGAUCUCGACAUUGUGUCUGAUUCCACACGCAACGGCGGGGCUGGCGGCCAUUCGAUAGAAGUCGAGGUGCCUCUGAGCCACGAGCUGAAGGACAUGCCUCUGGCGCUCGUGGUAUCUAGGAUUUUUAACCUGCCGUAUGGAAAAGUCCAGGAUGACAUCGAUCAACACAGAGGAGAAUGGACAGAAAAGGCAGCUUUGCAAGAUCUGAAGUUGUAUCAAACCAGCCUCAGUCUAAACACUAAAAAGACGCUCAACAGUGACGACUUUGACACCGAAGAGGCAUACGAGGCAUGGAAGAAGGCGGAAGGGCCAGAAAUAUCACAGAUGAUGCUCGCUAUCAUGCAAUCUAACAUGGAAUUGGCGAAGAUGACUUCCGCAAGCCUACCACACUUGAAAUCGCAGUUGGAGCAUAAUAGCCGGGAGUCAGGUUAUUCAGAGACGUCUAGGAAGAUGUCCGAACCGGAGAAUAACAACGCGUACGUGGUUGAUCAACCAGUUGAUAUGUCUGGCUUGAGUCUAAACAGUACGGUGGUUGAAGAGGACGAUGCCAUUUCAUUCACUUUCAUCCCACCUGAUCCACGUGCUUACUACAAAGCUGUUGUUAAAGCCUGCAUCCUCCACGGCCUGCAAGAGCGUUCAAGUAAUCCCGAUGAAGGUGCUAGUCGACAGCUAUUUUCCAAACAAUCGAUGGAUCUAAUGGGAGAACUUGCGUUGAGAUGGCGCAUCCCAGGAUUCUCGCGCCCGAUAUUAUUCUUUGAUGUUGUGAAAGAUCUGUAUACGCACAACGAAAUAGACCUUGACACGUUGGAUGCCGCUUUCCUGUUUAUGAAGGAACCGCAACCGGACACAAAGAAAUCCAACAGGAAGAGCAUGGUCGUACAGGAAGUUGUUGCCGACUGGCGCAAGUGGACCGUCGCAGAUUAUGCCCUAUAUCAGAACGCACUUAGCGCGAUACAUGAUGCGCUGCAGAGGGACCUGUUUUCACUGAUGCUACAUUGCUAUGAUUCUAAAAUGCCAGAGAUUGGUCCAAUCAUGUAUCUGCUAGAGGAACAUCUAUACAGCGAUGAGCUGUUUCCGAAAUCCCCUGAAGAUUUAGAUCAAUACUCUGGAGAGCUCGAACGAAGUCUCAAGGACAAAGCAGCUGAGAUAUAUGCUGAUUUGCUGGCAAAAAAUGUACCAGAUGACGCAGGCCAGUGGGAAUUCUUCCACGUUAUUCAGCUUGGCAAGGACGUUGUCAAAUUGUCGGACAGAAUCCAGAAACGGUUCCGUAAAACCCCAAAUAUCAUGGGCGUGAGCCCAAUGCAGAUUCUUGUUUCUGAAGUUUUCCCCUCAUUUGCAGCUGACUCGAGAGAUCUGGUGUCAAGAAUCAUGGAGAUGGCCAAAGAGAGAAAUGAGGAGAUUCCACAGCAGGAUGGUUUCGAUCUGUACCGAGAAAUGGUAGAGAUCAGAAGGGUACAUUCGACUGUUCUGCCGGAAACUCCUUUCGCAUUUCAUAUCGAAGGACUCCUGCAAGAAUUCGUCUGGAGAUGGAUUGCCGAGACAGAUAGUCGCAUAGUCGAAUGGGUCGAAAACGCAGUUAAGAACGACACAUUUGCUCCGCAGGAAUCGAACGGCGAGCUCAGCUCUGAGCAGCAGCGACAUAGCCACUCUGUGUUUGACAUUUUUCAGGCAUUUAAGCAACCAAUCGAUCAGAUUGUGAGCCUCAAUUGGGACGACGAUUUGCAGUAUGCUAAGUUCAUGACCGCAAUUGCGAAGGCGGUAGGUGUCGGAGUGGCAAAAUACUGUGAUCUUGUUGAACAACAAUUUACAAGGGAGAUGAACAAACCAACUCCUGAACAGGAAGCGGCUGCAACGCAGACAAGACAGGAGAAAUGGAUGCAAAUGGCAAAGGAUCUCUAUGCAAGCAAAGAAAAAGUAGAGCCAUUUCAGUUCUUGCCCGAGUCACUGGUCAAGCUCAACAACAUCGAGUAUGCUAUGCAGCAGUUGGACAAACUCGAGAAGGAGAUUAAUGUCGAUGCCUGUGCAGAGGUCAUUCAGAAACAUGAACCACCGGUGCACAGGCGUGAACGUAAAACUGACAAAUAUGUUUUCACAAUUAAGAUAAUAGAAGCAGAAGACUUAAAGGCCUGCGAUGUCAAUGGCUUGAGCGAUCCAUAUGUUGUUCUCGGUGAUGAAUAUCAGAAGCGUCUGGCAAAAACACGCAUUAUCUACGGUAAUUUAAACCCUCGUUGGGACGAGAGCGUGGACAUUGUUACGACAGGACCUCUUAACAUCAUCGCAACGAUAUGGGACUGGGAUGCUCUCGGCGACCAUGAUUGUGUUGGACGCACUUCCUUGAAACUUGAUCCAUCUCAUUUCAGAGACUAUCUUCCUAGAGAAUAUUGGCUUGAUUUGGACACCCAAGGCCGAUUGUUACUGCGAGUAGGCAUGGAAGGCGAAAGAGACGACAUUCAAUUCUACUUUGGAAAAGCCUUCCGUCACCUAAAACGAACAGAACGUGAUAUGACACGCAAAAUCACCGAUAAGCUUUCGUCAUAUAUUCACUACAUUCUUUCGCCACAACGACUCAAGAGCAUGGUGUCGAAAGGCAUCUCGAUGCAGACAGCGAUGAGUGCUAUUACCUAUUUCCAACAGAGAAUCAAACCGCAAGCUGUUGCGACUGGACCGUCAUCGGAUGAUAUCGAGAACGCGCUCAAGCCACUACUCACGUAUUUUAACGAGAACUUCGCCAUUAUGAAUCAGACGUUGACAGGAUCUGCCAUGAUCAUGGUGAUGACACGACUGUGGAAGGAGGUACUGCAAACAAUCGAGGCACUUUUAGUGCCACCCCUCUCAGACAAGCCGUCAAAUCAGCGACCCUUGUCCCACCAAGAACUGGACAUUGUGUUCAAGUGGCUGCAAAUCCUUUAUGACUUCUUCUAUGCAGAUGGAGAAGGUGUGCCAGCUGAUGUGCUCAAAUCGCCGAAGUACUCGGAAUUGAAGACAUUAAAUUUCUUCUACUUCGAGCAAACGGACGAGCUUAUUCGAACAUCAGAGGCAAUGGCUUCUGCAACAACAAGAAGACAACAAGAGGCUUUUAGGCAGAACCGUAUGAGCGCGCCGCCCACAUUGACACCAAUAGGUAGCCAUUCCUUUGGCGGCGCCGCCGGACUACUUGGUGUUCCGUCACGAAGACAUAAGACUAUCAUGCUGAGCCGCAAUUUAGGGACGAUGAGGAAGGCAAAAGAAGAGAAGAGAAAGCAAGCUCAAGCCGAACCAAACGAUGACAUCAUAUUGAGGAUUCUGAGGAUGAGACCUGAGGCAGAAAAGUACCUGAAGGACAGAAGCCGACAAAAGGAGAGACUUGCCGCAGCAGCUGCAGCGGAGAUGAUUGUACGACAAAGCUUGGCAAGUGGUGGGGGUCGAAUGGCAGGUGUCCUGCCGAGACGAUGAUGAUGACGACUUUCGCAAAGGGCGCUAUUAUACAAUAUCUGUGGGUAUAAGAAUACGGUUGAUGGGACUGCACUCAAUUACUAUGGAAAUGAUCAAGUAUGCGCUUUACAGAAUUAGGUUUACUGGUCGGGUGGAGCUUGAUAUCCCAGCGUCUAAUGAUAUUAUUUUCAAUACCGAUAUAUUUCUU